UUGAGCUCUGUCAGGCUUGAUCAUUUGUUUUUUCAGGAAAAGGCAUCAGUCCUAAAAUGAGUACCACUGGUUAGCAGUAAGAGGAGAAUAUUUAAAAGGCCUUUACAUAGAUUACAAAUUAAUUUGUCCUUCACCCUUUUUUCUUCCAGCCAGAGACAUCUGCCAUGGUGCAGAAUACUUGGACUGCGGGAGAUCCUUGUACAGUGUCUGUGCCAGGCAUAAAUUAAUGGUGCUGGUCACUGCAAUGCAGAGGCAGCUUUAUCCUGUCUCCAUCAACAGACUGCAGUCUCUACAUCAAGUAGAGAAAUACCACCUGACAAAAGAUGGCUGAGCACAUCGUGGUGAUCCAAACCAGCCAUACAACAGCCAGGACAGGUGUGUGUACCAAACAGAAAGGAUUUAGGAACCAGUGGACUGCUUUCCAUCACUGCUUUCUCAGGUCUCAAAGGGUGAGGUGCAGAGAGAAGCAAAAGUAAUCCCUCCUGUGGAAGGGAAAACAAUGAUCCUGAGCAUCUUAUCACUGAGUAGCCAAGUUGGGAAUCCCUCCUGAAUCAAUCCUGCCUCUGGACAAAGCUGCUCCUUCCUUGUGUGUUCAGCAGAUGCCCACACCGAAGCAAUUACCAUAUGGGAGAUGCUGACUGGCUGGAAGAACCUGUUCAUUCUGGGUCUGUAAUGGAGUCUGUGAGGAGCUCAGCUUCCUGGUAUGGAAGAAGGAGAACUUCCUUGUCAACAGCUGAGAAGAUUCUGAAGAACUCGAAGGUAUGUGAGGAGGUAACAAGGGGACAGCUAAAAUGUAUAUUAUUGUUCCAUUUCUGUGCUAAUCUCAAGAGCGAUCGUACUGAGAAGGUAAAUUCUUUGCUCACAAGUCUCUGGUAUUCAGGUGCCCUGCGGGAGCAAUGCAAAGACACAGGGAAGAUUUUCACCACUUGAUCUCAGCAUGUGGCUCUCAUCUGGUGCUGUGCUCUGUCUGCUUCUUGCCUGGGACAAUGUCAGAGCAAGUGGGGUUUUCAAAAGUGAUCUGUAUAGGGGAGAGCGAACACAUCCCUGUUUUCCUUCCUGCCCAAACUGAACAGAUUUCUCCAGCUGCAUCUCCCCUUCUGCGUCCUCCUUCCAAGUAGAAGGGAAGGAUGGUUUUUCACAAGACUUGGAAGCAGAGGCUUGCACAGCACUUGCAUUGACAGUUCUGUAGCCCUGCCCUGCUGUUUCACUGCCUAAUGGAUAGUGUUGUCUCUCCCUGUGUUUGAGGCUCAUUUUACACCUGGAAGUGCCAUCCUAAGUGCAUGCACAGCAGUGAGGUGGAGCCCUGAAAUGAGAGUGGGGGACAGCAGAGAGGUGGAAAAAAAGCACCAGCAACCAGCCCAGGACGUUCAGUGAAUCCAUGAGCAGAAGCAGCUUAAUUCUGAAGAGAGAAGACCUUUUCAACUAAAACCCUGGGAUGUCACUGAAGGAAAUGUAAAAGCCAAACAUUUGGACAAUUUGGAAACAGAUUUGAAGGUUUUUUUCCAAGUUGAAAUAACUGUCUGAACUACCCUUGCCUGCAAAACGUUAAAUGGGCAUUUUCCCACCACCCCUUCCCAAGCCCAUUGCACAGGGAGUUUCCCAGCUGGCCUGUGUUAGUGGAUAGAUGCAGAGAUGGGGCAAAUGAGGUGGAGCCUCAUUGGCAGGAGCAGCCUGAACCACUGUGAGACUUCACUGGACUCGUGAUUUUAAUUCUCCCAGGGCACAAGCCCUGUUUGGCUCCAGGAUUUCAUCCUCCUUCUCAGCCACCACCACCGUGGUCCCUCAGGAGGCACUUCAAAGGCAUGUGGGUCCCACGGGACAUUGAAGAUACAGCUGACCUUCUAUUACAGCCUUCAAAAGCAUCUAGGAUGAUUAAGAGUCUACCUCCUGAUGGGGCCUUUAACCACAUGGAAGGGCACUGGCUGCUCAACUUGGUCACGUGUUUAUGUGUGGCUGCACAUUCCCCACCCAGGGCUGCAGAGUUCCCAAAGGCCGGCUGGGUUUUCUGCAGCUCCUUUCCCAACCCGCCGCAGAAGAGACAACCGGGCAAUUCCUGCCGCUGUCAUUCAGCUGUGAGCCCUGAGUCAUGGUACAGAUGGGGCCACUGUGCUGACCAGGAGCACUGUGGGCACCACAAGCUGACAGAGAUGACCAGGAGGAGCAGGAGCUGAAGAACAGUCUGGCCAGGACUCACCUCUACAAACCAGAAUCAAGCUGGCUUUGGCCAUGGGCAGAUGGAAACCACUGAAAAACAAAUUCUACACAAACAUUGUGAAAGGCAGCAACUGACUGGUGGGGAGGACCUUCCAAAGCCAUGGAAGGAAGUUACCUACUAAAGCCUCUGUAAAAGCCAAGCACUCUAACUCAGCGAUCCUUUGAAAGCCUCCUCCCAGAUCCAGCCUCGGCGAGGAACCCUUCACUGACAUCAUCCAUAAACAGACACCCCCAGAGACCCUGAAUGAGGAGGACAUGGCUGUGCCCUGGACAAGGCUCCGUGGAGAAAUAUCUGGUAUCUUACUGCAAGGAUACAGGAAAGAGCUGUUCGAGCCCUCGGAGCAACAGCAGCAGCAGCAGCCGCCUCGCCCCCACACCGGGAACAAGCCUCGGAAGCAAUUGCAGCGGGAAAAAGCCCUCCAGCAGCAAUGCCAGAGGCUGGGACUGCAGGGUGGGGCAGCCCCUGUCACUCCGGAGCAGUUGCUCUCUGCACCAAAGCACAAGCCCUGUCACCCUCAGCAGACGGUGCCAACACCUCGUCCUCCUCCUGCUGGAGAUCAAAGGCAAAGUGACAGCCAGGAUCAGCAGGAGGAGGUGACACCUUGCAAUGGCAGGGACAGUGCCCAGCCCCACCCUGCACAGCCCAGCACCCAAGUGGAGAGAAAGAAAGUGGAAUUGCAGGAGAAAUCCCGAUGGGAAAUCCUCCAGCAAGAGCAGCGGCUGAUAGAGGAGAAGAAUAAGCGCAAGAAGGCUCUGCUGGCCAGAGCUAUUGCUGAGAGAUCCAAAAGAACUCAAGCUGAAGCAGUGAAACUAAAAAGGAUUCAGAAGGAGCUGCAAGCUCUGGAUGACUUGGUGUCUGCUGACAUUGGCAUCCUGAGGAACCGCAUUGAUCAGGCCAGCCUGGAAUACUCCUAUGCCCGGAAGCGGUAUGAAAAGGCGGAGUCGGAGUACGUGGCAGCCAAGCUGGACCUCCAGCACAAGACGGAGCUUAAGGAGCACCUCACGGAGCACCUGUGCACCAUCAUCCAGCAGAACGAGCUCCGCAAGGCCAGGAAGCUGGAGGAGUUAAUGCAGCAGCUGGAUGUGGAGGCAGAUGAGGAAAAUCUGGAACUCGAGAUCGAGGUGGAGCGGAUGCUGCAGCAGCAGGAGGCAGAAGCAGGGAGACAAGGCAGCCAGUCACACAGUCACGCUGGGACGGCGAAGGAGAACCCCACUCCCGGUGGUACAGGGCGGGAGGGCGAGCGUGCCAACCAUACUGACCAUACUGCUGCUUCUCCUGCUGUUUCUGAGCAGUCUCAAAACUCCGGGACCAAAUCCCUCUCCAGUGUGGACAGACAAACUCAAGCAGCAGAUGUGACUUCAGAAAGCUCCUCAGCUUGUUCUGCUACAUGACUGCUGGAUGCAGAUGAGCCAGUGGUUAUGGAUGAUGUACUCUCUGCAGGCCUGUAGGUUAUAUCUGGGCUUGGGCAGUACCAGUCACAUGCACUUCAUUUCCCUUUUCCUUUAAUAUUGUUUUCAAAUUUUAAAGGUGCUUUUUUUUUCACAAGACUCUCAUUUGGGGUUGCCAUCUGUCAUUGUCUUUCCUGGUUUGUGUUCAUGUUCUAAUGCCCAGCUCUUCAUGGGCUUUUAUACCUUCCUGAAACAGGACAUUUGCAUGUGAACGGUAGGGUUUUUCCAAAGAUUUUCAGCCUGUUGGUGUCACAGAUACCUGUUCUGAGCAGGGUGCAAGGGAUAGAUAUCUACAGAAGAAAAUGCCCCUUGAUCUGCUUCAGAAUGCAUUCUGUCCCCUAACAUCUGCAAUAGAAUGUUUUUCUUCCUUUGUAUCCAUAAGGGAUUAGUUUUCAACGGUUUCUACUGCUGUGAAACCCAAGUGCUUGCUUUAAUUGCCUUUGUAGAUGAUACUCUUUCCUCAUGGAAAGGAAAUUUGCAUACUGAGGCAAAUUGCAAAGUCAGUUGUAAUACCUCAUAUUUAUCACUUUGCCUAUUCCUUUCAGAUAAUGCUGAAUCAUUACCAAGCUGUACAUGGAUAGAUCUGUCAGCUAUGCUUUAACAAAAAUGAUGGGUACAGUUUAAGACCCUACAGAAUGUAGAAGUAGAAACACACAAAAGAGAGUGUGUUACAUUUAAAGCUUCCAUUGCAAACAUUUUCUCUGUUGUAGUUGCCUUGGAGUGCCAAUAAUUAGCCAGGGAUCUUACAGUAAAUAAUCUCCACUAUAUAUUGGAAAUGAACCUAUUUUUGUAUGACAUUCAAUGCAUUUUCUUGCCGGAAAAGCAGGUUUGUACCCCACAAGAAGUUCAGCUGGUUCACUCUGUUGAAAGGCUUUAAAGAGCUAUUCCAGGUGGAGAAAGCCUCAGGAAUUAGAAGAGGACGUAGGAAAAUCUCCCAUAGACUGAUUGCAGCUGCAAACCGUGGGGAGUUGAGCUCACAGUUAUCCGCUUUGUAACAUGGAAGUGUGGGAAUGGUUCCUGGAAUACCUGACCUGAACGUGUCGGUCAGAGUUUAUGAAUGAGUUGCUGAAUGACGCCACCGAGUAUAUAAAUGGGACACUGAUUGUCUCUAUGGCUUUAACAGUGGAAAAACAUGUCACUACAUUUCAUUUUUAUUCUAUUAAUAAAUCAGUGCAUCUUGUA